GAACCUGCUGCACCAUGAGGCUCACCUGCACUUUGCUAAUCAUGGGAGCAUUCUGUGUCACCCCCUUCCUCUGCCACAGCCAGAUCGAUCCCCUAGCCCUCGGGCGAGCAGACCCCCAGUGCUGGGAGUCUUCCUCAGCUGCCUUACUGGAGAUGAGGAAGCCUCGCAUUUCUGACUCUGUCAGCGGCUUCUGGGACUUCAUGAUCUUCCUGAAAUCCUCAGAGAACUUGAAACAUGGGGCUCUGUUCUGGGACCUGGCUCAGCUCUUCUGGGAUAUCUAUGUGGACUGCGUGCUCUCCAGAACCCAUGGCCUAGGGAGAAGGCAGCUGGCAGAAGAUGAACAGAGGAUCACUGCUCUACACUCUCAGUUCACAGGGAGAAACCAAGGGGUAUUUUCUCAUUUUCAGAGGUCGACAGUUCUGAAGAAGAGAGACUUGUUUGAAGAUUUAAGUAUCCAUGUGCAUAAGAGUAGAUCUACACUACUUGGAAGAAUAAUUAGAGAGCUAGGGAAAAAGAGGGAAUGA